AUGGACAACUUGGCAAUGAAUUCCAGUCAGUAUGAGCUUGCUGAGCUGCGACAGAAUACCACAUUCACUGACGUCAUUUCACGGUUUUUAUUGAAAAUGCAUGAGGCUACAAAUAUCGAUAUGCCAGAGACUAACCCUGAAACUGUCCACCAAUGUUAUGGAGCAGUUAGUACAGAAAAUGUGAACAAAAUGCGAGAGGUCCCCAAUCUCCACCUGCUAUACUCUGUGUUUGGGAUGCUCAGCAAUGGCAACAGUACAAAUGAAGUGAAACAGUGCGAUGAGUACAGUUUAAACAGACUUCCGCUUUCAUUCACAAAGGGAGAAAAUUUUUCAUCCGCGUCGUAUAUUCCUGCUACCACACAACUCAGCCCUACACCAACUACCACAAUGGGGCAUGUUAAACGGCCUAUGAAUGCAUUCAUGGUAUGGUCACGUGGUCAGAGGAAGAAAAUGGCUCAAGCAAAUCCCAAAAUGCACAACUCGGAAAUCAGCAAGCGGUUGGGGGUGGAGUGGAAGCACUUGUCCGAGAUGGAGAAACGGCCGUUCAUUGACGAAGCAAAAAGACUUCGUGCAAGUCAUAUGAGAGCUUAUCCGGAUUACAAAUACCGACCAAGGCGUAAACCGAAGUUGAUCAACAAGAGAGAUAAAUGUGUCUAUUCAAUAUCAACCAUUCCCGGAGCCUCACUUAAUAGUUUCACUGGUACCCUACUACUAGUGGUGACCUCCACGUGA